GUUGGCGUCAUCAUGGGCACCAAUGCGCCUACUUGUGCUGAUCGACUUCGGCACUAAUGGGAUGACUUGAGCACUAGGUUACACCAGCAGGGCGCCCUAGUAAACCAUGCGGAGUUACACGCAGCUAAACCGAAAGUACAACGGCUAUCCCACAUCGCUCAGGAAGGUUCAAAAGCUCGCGCCCAGCGCUCAUCUUUUGAUGCUUGGAUUGACAGCUUCGCCGAGACCAAAAGCGAGCGAGCAGACGCAUACCUCGCAGCAAUACGGGCUUGUCCCUGCAUCGCACGCAAACCUAUCCGAUCUAUAUGAAACAUCUCUUCCCCAGACUUGUACCCCGCCGCUAAAUCACCGCUUGGUUCAACCUGUGCUUCUCCAUCGAGGGACGUCGAUUUGCAGACCAUCGCUCAAGAUGUUGACUGUCGCCCAGAGUCUCGCCUUGGGACCUUCACUCCUCCUUCUUUAUGCCGUGCUCAAAAUCUUCUAUAACCUAUUCCUCCAUCCAUUGCGCUCCUUUCCGGGGCCUCUCCUUGCUCGCGCAACCAUCUUGACUUCUCAAAAGGUCGCCUACAGUGGGCGAAUACAUCUAUGGGCACAUGAACUCCAUCAGAAAUAUGGACCAGUGGUGCGCAUCGCUCCGAACGAGCUUUCCUUCAUCGAGGCGCAGGUAUGGAAGGAUGUGUACGGCCAUCGGGCCACGGCCUUUAUGAAAGACAAGGAAUUCUACGGCCCGGAUUCGUUCGGCUCGCCCGUUGGAAUCAUCCGAGCGGAUAACGUGGCUCAUGCGCGGCAGCGCAAGUUGGUGUCGCAUGCGUUCAGUGACAAGGCGUUGCGGGAGCAGGAGCAGUUGCUGAAGGGGUAUGCGGCGUUGCUGGUCAGGAAGCUGAACGAGGCGAUUAAGAAAGAUGAUAAGGUCGACAUUAUGAGCUGGUACAACUUCACCACGUUCGAUAUAAUGGCCGACCUUACCUUCGGGGAGCCCCUCAAGCUGCUGGAAGAGUCGACGUACACGCCGUGGGUGCGCGCUCUAUUUGACCACCUAAAGAUGGUCAUGCUCACGUCACUAUUGCGGCAGUGGCCAUUGCUAAACAAGACGAUGCAACGACUGGUCCCGGAGGACGUCAAGGAGAAAAGAAAACUGCACAUGGCGCACUCCUCAGACCGUAUUGAGAAGCGUCUCGCGCGCAAGACCGACAGGCCCGACAUCUGGACGUACGUCAUGCGCUAUAUGGGCACCGAGAACGCCGGCAAGGGCCUCGCGCCAACAGAGAUGCAUAGCACUGGAGCGCUCUUCAUGCUGGCCGGUACUGAGACUACGGCCACGGAGCUGAGCGGCAUGACGUACUACCUGCUGAAGCGCCAGGAGAAGAUGGAAAGGCUGAAGAAGGAGGUCAGGGGCGCCUUCUCCUCGUUCGAGGAUAUCACUAUGGGUACACUGUCGCAGUUGGAGUACCUGGGCGCGUGCAUCGAAGAGGGGUUAAGGGUGUACCCGCCGGUUGCUAUGGGCUUGCCUAGGACGACGCCCAAAAAUGGAGCCUACAUUGCGGGACGAUGGGUCGCUGGUGGGACCACGGUUUCCCUCGCCCACUACGCGGCAUACCACUCGCCGUCCAACUUCAAAGAUCCGGAUUCCUACGUGCCCGAGCGCUGGCUCCCCGAAGGACAGGAGGAGUACGGAUCGGAUACCAAAGAGGUCGUCAAUGCGUUCUCUUACGGCCCGCGCAACUGUUUGGGAAAGAAUCUCGCGAACCAUGAAAUGAGGCUCGUGCUUGCUAGUAUCGUACUCCAUUUCGACAUGGAGUUGCUUGACGACGGGGAGAAUUGGCUGGACCAAGAUAACUUUAUUCUUUGGAAGAAGCCCGCGUUGAUGGUGAAGCUGACGCCUGUUGCGGAGAAGAUGUGAUGGUGAGUUUUUGCAGUGAGGCAUGGAUCUAGACUGCUAUUGGUAUAAGUGAUCAGGGCAGACUGUUCGACUCGAGUAGUUGUUGGAAAAGCUCGGCUCCCCCUUUCUACU